ACUUCAUCCUGCCAUCUGUCUAUCCUUUGUCUAUUGAGUGGCAUUCUGCAGCUAUCCUUCGUUUAUCAUCGACUUUUGGCCCCUGUACCUUUUUGUGAAACCUUACGAGCCUACUGUUUUUUUCACCUAUAGCAGCUUGCUCGUGCACUGCUGGAUCGACGUCAUCUCCACUCCAGAUUCGGAUUCCAAAUCCAGAGGUCAAUCGACUAUGGGUGUUCUGUUACCGCGAGACUGCUGGGUCGACGGGUAUGGCCGCCGUCGUUGCGACAGAUGGCAUGAAUGGGGCCGCUGGGUCGCAUUUGCGGUGAUAGUCGGAGUUGCUUUGAUCGCAUUUUUUGCCUUAUCGUGCUUUAACGCCCGACGGCGUCGCAGCCGGGGCCUCCGCCCAUACGCCGGAACAGCCUGGAUGGCUCCUCCCCCUCCGUACCACCCGCAGUCGCACCAAGAUCCAUAUAACCGGCCGCCGCCUCCGCAAUAUUCGCACUCACCAGGUCCCCAUGGAUACUUUGGAGGCCAGCAAUCGGGCAUUGAGCUUCAGCAGCCACCGAACGCCCACCAUUAUGGCGGCGAACGGGUGUAUCAGCCCCCGUCUGGUCCGCCUCCGGUCCAACAGAAUGGGAAGCCUUAAUGCGUGAAAGAACUGGCUGGAAUGAGUAUCUUCUGGGGAAACGAUUACCACAUGACCACAUGAUUACCUGAAUCGAUACCUUAUAUCCGACAUAGGCGUUUAUCUUGCUAUGGAAUUGGCUUUGGCUUUUGAUGGCAUUGGACUGGGACUGCAACUAGCAGUCAUAGGAACCGCGGCUUAUUAGCCGUUAAAGAUAGCUUAGGCUAGUAAUUUAUAUCUUAACUCCAA